AUGCAGCAGAUGGUGGUCACGUAUGUCCUCUCAGAGCUGGCGAACAUAGCCGAUGUGAACCCAAGGGAUGUUCACACCUCCUUCUUCAACGGUAGCGUGCGAGUCAACAACCUGUCGCUGCGUCCAGAAACGAUGAACAAAAUCUUGUUGCUACCGAUCGAAGAGGGCACUGUGCCUGAGAUGGAGCUGCAGAUUCCGAACCCCUCGACAGCGACCCCGAUGGAGGUCAAGGUGCACCGAAGCCGAUUGUUGCUGCGGCUUAAUCUUUCAUCACCAACCCUGGACCGUACGUCAGAGCAGAUUAUGCGCGGCAUCACGGAGCACUCCAUCCUUGGUGCCGCUGCCGCCGAGUCGGCAGACGCUGCCUCGGAGCCGGUGUCACCCCUUAGCGAACCGGAGGAGGCGGCGUAUGACUACUCCUGCGCGAACUCUGACAUAGGUGAGGAGGACUUCGCCUCCUGCGCCAGCGAUGGCGACCAUUCGGAUAGCGAUUCCACGUGCGACGGCAGCAGCUUUGGUUCCCCAACGUCGAGUAAGGAGGCGCAGGCGACUGAGCCUGCAAAGCAGGGUACCGGUUGGUUUGACUACCUUUACUCACGAGCGGCACAGUCGCUGGAGUGGAUCUGGCGCCGACAGCUGCGCAUCACCUUCACCGACCUCACCUUGGUAUUGCCAUGCGACGCGCGCAAGAACAUUCACUUUGAGAUUCACAUCGACUCUUUUGUCGUCACUGUCGAGCCGGCGCAGACCACCGGGCCAGAGCAAAUGAAGAUUGUGCGCAUGGAGAUUGGCUACGCCAGUGUCUUUGCCAGUGCCGAUGAUGCCCGCCUCCGCGUCAUCGUGGUGGAGGCACUCUCUAUCAAAAUCACGACGGUGUAUGAGACGAACACGGAGCGCGUCCUGCGCAAAAAUGUGGCGCUCUCCUUCAACGGCACUAAUACGCUGACGGCUGACGAGGUGACCCUCCUUGCGCUGCUCAAGUGCCAUUUAUCGCGGCAGAUGCGCCUCAGCGUCCCGGCCUACUGUCUGCCAUUCUCCAGUCUUCGUGCACGUGGCUCGCUGUGGCCCUAUGUGAAGUGCUGCGUUCUGCAGGGGAUUCGAGAUUACAGGCAGCGGUACAACUUCAACGUCUCGCACUUGCGCUUCUAUGCCCACGCCAGGGAGCGCUACAUGCAUCUACUGAACGAGUGCCAUCGCACUCAGAGCAUUGAUGACCGGCGGCAAGACCUGACGGACGCGGAGCAGGACCUCCGGUAUGAGGAUGUCAUUUUGCAUUUUCGGCGGAUGGUACAGGCAAAGUACUCCGCGAGCGUCUCCGAGCCGGUGGCAGAGGAGGAGGCGGUGCAGGGUUCGCUUGUCGUGUCCUCCACGCACCUUGAGUGGAAGUUGGUAAAGGUGAUCUUGCCGGCACGCAACACUAUAUUCGCCCGCAACACGGCGCUUGUCUUCCGAAACGAGGAGAUCUUAUUCACUAUUUCCUCCAUCUCUCUCGACACCGACGGCAUCGUGCAAACAAUGGCCUCACCCACGGUAAGUACGGCGACUUCGUGGGAGCUGUGCAACGCCGUUGUGGAGGAGGAGACGUCGCUAGUUUACUUGCACACGAAGGAGGGCUACCUGUCGCGUGAAACCAAGGUGAUUCUGCAGCAGGUUACUCUGAAGGGGAGCGUGGAGGGGGUGCUGCGCUGUCUAAUGCCAAUCGCCGAGGCGCUGCAGCGAAUAGGAGAACAGGAGAGCGGUGGUGGAGCCAUCCAAGCUGUGCAGCGAGGGCCCUCCACUGCCCUCCCUUCCGCAGGCGUGGUGAAGUCGUCCACGACGAUUGUAGCGGUGCACCGCGUGGCAGUAGAGCUAGACGACUUCUAUUUCCUCCUCGAUCGUUUCUCCGCCACCAGCGCCAAGGCACCGGGCAACCCCGACAAGUUUGGCUGCACCCUGCGAGAGUGCUACCUGCGCCACAAGAUCAUCUAUGUGCUGGCACCAUUCGACAUCCGCAUGACUGCACGUGGUGGGGUGGUGGUGUCACGCGUUGCGUUUGAGAUGCCGCGAGAGACAUGGAUGGUGUGGCGCCGUGACGCUAACAGCCUUCGCCUGCUGCUUCAGAAGCUACCACAGCUCGCUAGCACCGGCGUCUCCCACCCACCUGCUACUGUUUCCCAUAGCAUCGACCUAGAUGACCUGAAGGCAAUGACGAAGGUCUUGCAGUGGUCACCGGUCUCUUGCUGCCCGUCGUUUGAGGUGGAGGAGAUAGCGGUGCGCUUUUUUCCUCUCGACUGCACCAUCGCAUUGCAUCACAUUGCCACUCAGACAGUGACGUCGUCUACUCGUAAUCUGUACGGCACGCACUUGACGCUUCAACGGGCUUCCAUCGAAUACCAUCACCCAAGUCUUUUCGACCUCUACGUAGAGGUCGAAGACAGCGUGCACGUUGGCAUGAGCACGGGACCCGCGGCAGCUCUUGCGAUGUCUAUUCCUUCUGUCCGCAUCACGGGGCGCCACGGCAAGGAGGCGGCAGAGGUGUCACUGCUUGAAAUUCGUCGCUGCGUCGCUGUGGUGCACAGCACCGUGCAGUAUGCGAGCAUCGCUGCCGUCUCGCUGGCUGGCGGUGUCCAUCUCACAAGUGUCGGUUUUAUUUACAAGUCUGACCCGCGCGUGGUGCCGCUGACGGACAGACCACUCCUCACCUCGUACAUUCAGGCGGCUGUCGAAGUGAACGCCAUUGACGUGGACCGACUAUGCGCCCUACCAUGGCAUGCGCUGGCCUUCGUCCUAGGCGAGGUCUACCACUUCAUGUGCGAGGAAAUGAUCUCGGAGGAGUAUUACCGCACCUUCUUCAGUUGUUUUAGCGACGUGGCAGUGCAGGUGGUGAUGCGGGAGUGUGUCGUGCGCUGUGGUGCAGCUGAGGGGCACACGACAUCCGGCAAGGAGCUACUUUUGUCAGUGUCCCACACGGCCAGCGAGGAGCGUGUAGCGGCGCUCGAUGUCUACCGGCCUCACCUCUUCACCACACGCGAAAACUUUCCGGUACUAAUUCUGAACGAUGUUGGGCGGCUCUCUAUGGACAUCGACGUGUCGAAGCUGGCGGUGCUCUUGUCUGCACCAAUGGCGACGUCGCCGUCGAACGUAGUGGUGAUAGUGAGCGCGAUGCAUUGGCGGAUGCCGCUGGAGAAGAUGCCAUUCUGGUGUGCAGAGGCGCAGGAGAUCCCACCGGUGCCGCAGGAGUUGACCUUGGAGGCCGUGCGGGUAGUAGUGCGUCUCGACCACACAAAUGCGGCCCUACCCCCCGUUCUGGAGGCGUCUCUGUCAGCGCUCACGACGGAGACGGUCAGCGGCGCUGGCACUGCCAUAGCGGACUCUGCUGGGCUUUCCUUUUCGAAGGAUAUCCAUCUGAGUCUCUCUGAGAGCGACCGCGGAAGCUGCGCUUCCUCGACCGAGGAGCAGUAUGAGAUGACGCAGGUGUCACUGCGACGGUGGAAUGUCGACGUGAACUUCUCGGCUCCUGUGUCUGACUUUGGCAAGUUGCAGCGCAUGAUUCGCGCUGUUGUGUCAGUGGCUCAGUGCCUCACCCGCCGCGUCGUGCUCCGCGAGAGUGUGGCAGCGACGGUCUUCGACAUGGAUCACUACGGUAAUGUCUUCCUCGACUCACCCACCCAAAUUGUUGUGGUGGAGGACUGCGUUUUUCGCGCGUCGUCGAGUGAGCGACACAUCGUUGUUUGCCCGGGCACCUCGGCGGUGUUUCGCCGCUGCCUGUUUCCCCACCUCGGCGGGACUGACUUCAUCCGCGCGUCCAGCCGAUCGGCUCUCUUCCUGUGCGAGGAUUGUUGCGCCGAGGGUGAGGCGGCACCCGCAGCUCUUGCUUCACCUGCCCCCACCACAGUGCUCAGCAUGGUGUCGCCGGAAAGUAGCGCUGCCGACCCCGGGUCAAGACUGCGGCGACGCACGCAGGUGACGGUCGAGGAGGGCUGCGUUGCCGUUGGGCUGGACGCCAGGUCGCGGCUGGUGUUCUCGCAGCGAGCGUUAGUGUUCACCUGGAAGCAGAAGCCUCGUCGGUCCUUCUUCAAGCUGCGCAACGACGAAGUUCGAAUCGAAUACGCGGAUGCACAACAGCGGGUGCCGGUGCUUACGAAAACGUCGUUAGAGGGCGAGUUGGCCUUGCAUCUGCCGCAUCGCUCGUGCUCCGCGAGCUGCUCUGUCACUUGCGGCGAAGUGACCGUUCCACUUGUUCUCUCCAAGUUGCACACAGUGCAAGAGCGUCUGGAGCUGCUGGCCAGCUUCCCGAGUACAGAGGCAACGACGGUGGCUGGCGCGGCUGCGCAGGCAGCGGCAUUUGCAGACAACCAUUCGGCCGCUAUCUACGUUGUCCCGCCGCCACCGUCAGCGUCGCCAGAGGAGCAGCAGCAGCAGCGCUUUCCGUACGACUCGUGGAAGCUGCUGUUGUCUCUCUCCCUCAUUCCGGUGACGGUGAAGCUGACAAACGGCAUGACUGUGGGGCGGGUCACCUUCUCGAAUGCCUUUGUGUGGUCCAAGCGGGAUCCGUUCGGCGAUGCGCAGCUGGAGGCCCGCAUCGCCGUACACGACAUGGCGCUAUGGGAGUGGCGCCAGGAGUCCUUCCAGUCCGUGGUGAGUAGCCCUGUCUUUGUUGGCGUUCAGGGUCGUAUGCUGAACUAUCUCAGUGCCACCGUGACGGCGUCUGUCUCUCCAGUGGAGGUUGUUGUGUCGACAGAUCAGCUGAAGCUCUUGCUCCACGCCCUUUCUCACAAAUCAGCAGGAUCAUUACCUGUACGUCCUGUCACAGGGCAGGGGCAGACUCCGAACACCGCGCUGCAGGGACUUCGCUGGUGCAACUACACGGGGGUCUCUUUGCAGGUGCGCGGCGGCCACGGCGCUGUGGUCCGCGUUUCGGCCAGUCAACACGCAGCAGGAAAAGCCUCCUCACAGGUCUGCGAGGCAGUCAGUGCGGUUGCCCCGUUCAUCGUUAUGGAGAUUGACGGGACGGCCGUAGAUCAUGAGGAGCGCGACGUGGUCACAGAGGAGACGCGUGAGACGGGUGCGGCGCCGGGGCACCAGACACUGCUCUUUGUGUCUCGGAAGACGGUGGUGUUGGCGGACAAGCGGCGCUUUCACGUGACGUCCACGCUGGACCGUGACUUGGUGCACGUCGUCUCAGUGCGCACGCUGGUGCAGAUCGAGAACGAAACACCGCUUCCUCUCGUGCUCACAAGCGGCUGUGAAAGCGCGCACGUCGUGGAGCCCUUCACGCUUUCCUGUGUGCCAGAGGCGAUGCUGCGCUGUACUGACCUCGGUAUAGCGGUGGCACUGAGUGAGGCAGGUGCAACAACAAUGCGGGUGCCGCUGCUGCCAGAGUCGAUGACCGCCAUGGAUUUCUAUCAGCGCUGCUACCUGCAGAGCUGUCAUGCCUCGGACAUCGCGCGCGAGUUCGUCUCUCAGCUGGACGGCUCUUCAACGUUCAUGAUGACGGUAUUCGAGCUGCAGGGCCCGGUGCUGCUCUUGCGUUUCCGUGCAGCAAGGCCGCACGUGGUGAACGCCACUGUUUACCCGCUGUGCGUCACGGCAGUUAACACCCACGGUGAGGUGCUGGCGAGCGAGUAUGUUCUUCCAGGUGGGCGGGCGUACUUCCUCAGCCUGCCGCCGACCGCGGCCGUGCGUGGCAGGUUGCACCUUUUCGUGGAGGAUGAGGUGUACGAGGCGCAAGUUGAAGAGGCCCUCUUCGACCGCGAGGCGGCCCGCAUGCACAGCACCGUGGUCAUGGCUUACCACACACACCCGCACCGCCACUUUGAGUUGAGCUUAUCCGUGGAGAGCAGGGGUCCGGCCGGCGAGUGUGGUGUGGCUGUCACGCCCGGCAGUCACUGCCUCGUCAAGAAUUGCACCACAGUGGAUCUCUUCUUCUCAACCGAUGCGGGUGACUCUGUCGGGACAAUGGCCACGAGGGGGCUGCCUGGCUCAAGUGCCUCCGGCGCGGUAGGCUACGUGCCUUCCAACGUGAAGCUGCGUAUCAAACCGAAGGGUGUCGCCCUAUCCGAGCCCUUCGAGAUUGACGGGACCGGUGAGGGGCGCGUUAUUCAGUGCGAUCAUGCCCCAGAGGCGAGCUCCUUCUCCGCGGUGUACUUUCUUCUCCGUACUGUCGCUGCCAGCUCUACCUGCCACCUGGCGGAGCUUCUGCCCGCUGUGGUGUUCUGCAACCGUCACGCCCGCCACACGCUGUUCGUGAAGCACGUCGUCCGCCAAGUCGGUGCUGCCGAGACGCUAGAGGAGACUGUGUUGGAGGUGCCGCCGCACAGCGACUACCCCUACCACACCCUGUCCAAGUACGGCUACACGAACGACCUGCUCUUUGCGUGGCGAAGUAGCAGCGGCGGCGCAGCGUCCACUGUGAGCAGCUUCUCCUCCGUCGUUGAGACGGACUUGGCUCCCGGCACGACGUGGAGCGGCUUCGUGUGCGUCGGCACCACCUAUCAUGAGGUGGACAUAGUGAAGGGAAGCCUUUACGAGACGGCGUGCGUGACGGUCGGCCCGGCUGUGCUACCGCGGGUGAAGCUGGUGAACCUCUCAACUAUCGACUUCCGUGAUGUGGACCGCUACCAAGUCGCCUUCCCUCGACCCUCCAAGAGCAACAAGUACUUGCUCCUCACAAGCGCCGAGGGUGUCGUGUACACAGUGGAUCUCCUGCAAGAUGAGCCGCUGGAGCUCGAGGCGGGGGUGACGGUGCAGACGAUUCACAGUGAGGGUGACCGGUGGUGCGUGGUGCUGUCGAGCAGACGGGUGUUCACGACCAAGCACAAGACGUGGGCGGAGGAGGUGCAGAUUUCAGCGAAUGUGCAGGCAACCGGCAUGUCGCUAUCGUUGCGUGACUCGGGCACCGUUCCGCUGCAUUUCUACUGGCGCUCACUGGCGGCAAACAUUAUGUGGACUCAGAUGAUCUCCGUGCAGUGCAGCAUGACUGGCAUCUGUCUCGAGAGCAGGUAUGAGGGCCGGAGGCAGCAGGUAGCUGAGCCGUUUGAUGUCGACGUGAGCCUUCGCGAGAUGUGCCGCACGACUCGGGACGUCUACCUCAAGAGCUUGUAUGUUGGCCUGCAGCCGCUCACUAUCACCAUCUCCGAAGUGCUGUUUUAUCAGCUACAGAUGGUCGCCCUUCGCUGCCGUGUAGACACGGCGUUUGACCCCUUGGAAUGGGCGCAGGAGUCUACAACGGUGGCCCUGCAGCGGAAUGUGCCCAACACCCUGCCGCAGCACCUGCACAUUUGCAGCGCCAGCAUAUCAGAGACACCCGUGGAGAUCAGCUGGGACCGCAGCACGCGCCCGCCGCAGGAUUUCCUGCUCGGCAACUCAGCGAUUUCAAAGCUAAUCCCGUCCCUCCAUCAUGCCAUGCUCGUUUUGCCCAAAUUACAGCUCCGCAAUGUAUCACGUGUUUCACUGGUGGAGCUCAUCGGCCGCAUCCGGCAGAUUCUCAUCAUGGAGGUGGUGAAGCAGAUUCCAAAGAUGGUCACCACAGUGGGAUUCUUUAAGAAGAACUCGUCCCUCCUCGAGAAGGUCACUUCCACCGUGUCCUCCUUUCUCUUCCGUCCCUCAGCCGAGACGGACACCACUGACAACGGCGGUUCAGCGCUGAUCUGA